GACUAUUGACUGAUUCUGAACACAGAGAAUAAUGUAUAAAGUUAAUUUAUCGUAUUAUUGUCUUAGUUCUUGUUAAAAUAUAUAGUAGUAUGUUUUAGUUUAAGUGGAAUAAUGCCUCCGUUUACGUGAAUGUGAAAGAAAGCAGCCCGUGGAGUGCUACGCGGCCAUUUUACUUGCAAUGCGGCAACGGUGUACGAUCCGCCAUUGGAAACGGCCAGUGUCUUUUUCUGAGUGCAAGAUUUAUAUUUCGUUGAAUAAAGCGGCGUAGAAACCACGGAUAACCAUGUGUGAUAAAAGUGUAGUGCGGACUUUAGUGUAGUGAAGCACGGUGGUCGGGUGUUUCGAAUAAUGUGUGAACGAUGGAAAACGAAGUGAAGCAGCGCAAUCAGAGAAACAGGCGAAGGGAGCGGGCACAGCGCAUGCAAGCACAGCGAGAGAGCAAAGUUAAGGAUGGAGACAGCGGCGAGGACGAGUCUCCGACGAGAGAGAAGCCGCCUCGUCCUCCUGCCAGGAGGAAGAAGUCGCGGGAGCCGCUGGGAGAAGAGGAUAUCAUCGAUGGUUUCGCCAUAAUGGCAUUUCGCACAUAUGAAGAUCUCGAGGCUGCCGUAAAAUGCGCUUCCUCUCCUCGCACAAAUGCCCUGUCGACCAAGCCUCGUCUGCCUUUGGCGGCGCUGGCGGCCGAUUCAGGGCGAAAUCAUCCGCCCAACAACGUCAACUCUCAUGGUAUUACGCUGCUUCAAGACGCUGGUACGUCGGAUGACAGUGGACGGGCAUCAGAAAGACUCACUGGUAGUUCGGUGGCGCCUCGCGAUCCCGAUUCUUCCCGUGACCGUCUUAGUGACGCCAGUAGCCGCUGUAGUUCCGGAAAAGGCUAUAUCUGUGAUAGCGAAGGCGACGAUGAUAAGGCAAGUCCCGAAAACAGCAGAAAUGCUUCUCCAAGGUACCACGAUGCAUCAAUGGAAGAUGCGUCGGAUGCAGGCUCUCUUUUCCGGGUGGCAGGUGCGGCAGCUACGGGUGCAAGUGCCAAAAACGAACUGGUCGCUCGAGGCGGCAGCGGGGGCGCGCUCGCAUUGUCGCGCGCGCCCGUCGGGGGCAGCGCCAGCCCCGCGCCGGCGCCGCUGCCGCAGCCCGCGCCCUCGCCCGCGCCGGCAGCUCUACCGCCGCCUGCUCUCCCUCCGCCGCCUUUCUGCGACACGCCGCACAGGCCCAACGGCGCGCACAUUCCGGCUCUCGACGGUCACGCUGCAACACAAAUCCCAGCGCGACCAGUCGGCGCAGCCGGACCCGACACGCCCGAGCGGCCCGCCAGCAACAGCAAGUUGCAGCCGGGCGCGAGAGCCUCUGCAGACAGUCCGACCCCCGCCCCACCCGCACCUCCCGCUCCCUCUCCCCUGUUCCCUUCACAUACCGCCUAUCAAUCUCAGUCUCAAUCACACGCUGCCGCCGCGUUGCCUGACUAUCGGCAUACGAACCAUGAGACGCGAACCGAGCCGGCCGAGCAGCCCCCGGCGCCGCUGGACCUGCACACGCACCACCCGGCGCACCCCGCCCACGCCGCGCACCACCCGGCCCGGCCGCCGCACCUGGCGCCCAGCCCCGCGCAGGCGCCCCAUCCUAGUCUCCAGAGCCGCGUACCGCACACGCAGGCGCAUCCAGUGAUGCCCGGCCAUGACGUCAGAAAUCAACCGGUCGUAGCUCAGACUCAUCCCUCCGUUCCUACCUCGUUUUCGAACCGCGUCAAUGGUGUGCCGCCAAGCGUAACACCACAUUCGACGCCGUCUUCAAUUCCGAGCUGUCUUCCGAGUCAAACUCUCACGGGACGGUCGCUCUCUCCGGCCGCGCCGACCUCUCGCCCCUACCCCACCCCGUCGAUCGGGUCUAGUCAUGUAAACUCCAGUAUAAGUUCCAGUAUUCACUCAAUAGCUUACCAGAGUCAGUCGAGUUUACAGAAACAUUCCGUUCAGCCUGUGUAUGCAAACCGACCGUCACAUCUUCCCUUCAGCAUAUCCAACCACAUUUCAUCCAGUCAUAUUCCCUCUGCGACAAGUCAAUCUUCAGUCCCCCUUAUAAAUCAUCCGAUAAACAGUCAUUCCGUUACGAGUCUAUCAAGUCAUUUACCUGUUGUCAACCCUAGUUCCUUACCAACGUCGACACCCAAUCACAUUGGUCCCCCUUCUACCUUAGCUUCUAUUACAAGUACCACGAUGUCUUCUUUCACCCCCAGCCUUAAGUCCCACCCGGGUAUCAAUAUACCGCAACAGCCAACCUCUGUUGCGACAUCAAUAUCGUCACAUUUACCUAGUAAUCACGUGGACGCAUUACCCACAUCGAGUUGUACACCUACGGUUGUCACCCCGGUGUCGACGACUAGCGGUGGCAGCAGUAACCACCCUCUUCCACCUCCCAUAAUAGACUCGAGGCAACCUCCAGUGUCGUCUUGUGAACUACCAGCUCGUACAGAGAGUCCGAUAGUGUCCUCUACUCUAGCUUCCAAUAGUUAUCCGCCCCCAGCCGUGUACUCCGGUUCUUCCUACCCUCCCUUGUAUACGCCGUACGCUGCUACAAUGCAACACAGUCCUUACCUACCCCCUGCUGCGGCAUCGCCGAGGAACUCUGCUGACACGAGAACAAGUUUAUCAGCAUCACCUUUAGUGGCACCAAAAACCCCGAAGGGCGUUCGUCCUCACACGCCGGGCUCGACGGGCGCAGCUGGUGCAGCACUCUCGUACUCUCCGCGCGGACACAGUCCGAACAGGGAACGCGAAAGUUUCAGCAGCAAUAUCAGCAGUUUGUCCCGUAGUACGCCCGCGUCUGCGGCGAGCUCCCUGCCGUCGCUAGCGCCGUCGCUGGUCGCGCCGCUGGCCGCGCCGCUCGCCGCCCCGCUAGCCACACCCUUAGCAGCGCCAUUACCGGGUCCUCUGCCGGUGUCGCUAUCGGGUCCACUGCCGACUCCCCUGGUGGGUGCGUUGGGUGCACCACUGGCGCCUACGUUGGGUGGCCCCCUGGCGCCCACGCUGGGCCCGGCCCUGUCGGCGCCGCUGGCAGCGCCCACGCCGACGCCGGCGGCCCCCACAGCGCCGCACCUGACGCACUCGCUGGCGCCCGUGCCCACCGUGCCCAGCAUCAGUUCUAGUGCCAAGCCGCCUGCGCACUGGGGGGUGACCAGGCCGACGGGUGCGGAGCGUCCUUCAGGUUUCGCGCCUGCUCCUCCAUUAUUUGGUGCUCCACUCCCACCACCUAAUCCCAAUCCAUUCUCGGCUGAAUCACUCUUUCAAAGUAGUCCGGGCGCGGAUCUCCUGCGGCGCGAGCUGGACAGCCGGUUCCUGGCGGCGGCGGGCGCGGUGGGCGGCGGGGUGGGCGCCGUGGGGGCCGCGGGCGUGCGCACGGAGAUGCACCACCACCAGCACCAGCACCAGCACACGCACGUGCACCAGCACCCCGCGCCGCACGCGCCCCACGCGCCACACGCGCCACACGCCCCUCACGCGCCCCACCCGCCUCACGCGCCACACGCGCCACACGCGCCGCACGCACAUCCACAUCAACUACUCGUGCCACAUGCGCCUCUGUUCAAAGAUGUGAGCAAAAUGUCUUCGUUAUAUCGGAGUGGUAUCGGACUUGGCUACCCGUACUCAUCGAGUUUACUGCACCCUACUGGGCCCUACGUGCCUCCUGCGCCACUCACCACAUACGCUCCCAAGCCCGUAGUGUCAGCCGCAAGCGACUCCACCUCUAAACCACCACCACGCCCCGCUGUCGCGAAAAGUGGAAAAUGGAACGCGAUGCACGUUAGGAUAGCUUGGGAGAUUUACAACCACCAACAGAAGGAGAAGACAGGCGGUGGGGCCGCCGUGCCGGGCGCCGCCGACAAGGACAAGCUGCGCGCCUUCCCCACCCCCGCGCCUCCCCCGCCCACCUACCGCUCGCCCUACGAGCUGCCGCCCGCGCCCUACCUGCACCACCCGCACCUAGGUACGCUCCGCCGCCUCGAGCCCGGCCUGCCCGCGCCCGCGCCCGCCCCGUCUCACCGAGCUGUGCGCGUUUCAGGCGUUCCCUUCGGACGCUACGGGCCCGGCGCCUACCCCGGCGCGCCGCCCUUCGGCCUCACGGCGUACGGCCGCGAGCUGGCGCUGUCCUCCUCCCUGCACGGCGUGCACCACGCGCCGCCGCUGGGCGCGCUGCACGACGCCUGGCGCAACGUGCGCCCGCCCGCGCCGCCCGCGCCCGACGCCCGCCGCGACCACGAGGAGCGCGAGCGGGCGCGCCGCGAGCGGGACGAGCGCGAGCGCCGUGAGAGGGACGAGCGCGAGCGACGCAAGGCGCGCGAGCAGCGCGACCAGCGCGACCGGGACCUCGAGCGGGCGCGCGCGCGCUCGCCGCUCCGCAACGGUGCUGUCGAGGUCAAGGACGAGCGCAAGGAACCACCGCGCCACCCGCCGCCGCCCUCGCUGGCCGCGUAUCCGCCGCCCCCGCCGUGGGACCCCUACCGUUCGUUCGACCCGCUCCAACACAUGCGGUUCGCGCCGCUAGUGGAGGCGGCCAUACGCGCGGAAGAAGACCGCGCCAAGAUGCUGAGUGCGUACGCGCACCACCAGCAGAUGAAGUCGAGCCCACUACUACACCGCGCGCUGCCGCCGCACGCCCCGCUGGCGCCGCUGGGGUCGCACGGGGCGCUGGCCCCGCUGGCGCCCCUGGCCCCGCCGCUAGCUCCCCUGGCGCCGCUAGACCUGCUCAAGAAGGAAGAGCCGCGAUGAUAGCGAUCAGGCGCAACCGCCGUGUCGCCGAGUGUGUACAUAGAGUAGCGUAAACGACGUCGCAAGUGAGAGUACGACUAAUUUAAUGUAUAUCGUUUCGCAUUAUCGGUUUAGAGAAUUAUUUAUUGUAACGUCGCUUACUGACGGUGUCGGUUCCGUCGGCCGGCCGUCUCGCCGUUGUUGGGACGCUAAGGUAGUCGAGUGAGUGAGCAGGCGGCGAGGCGGAGUGAGACUGGAGAGUGCGACGAGCUCGCUUUCUCUCUGUGUGCAAUAUUGGACGAGGACACUGGCCGCUCGUCGCCGCCGGCCUUGUACACUACUGCUUGUUUAUUUACAUGGAAAUAUCUAUCGAGUUGUUAUUGUGACCAUUAUUAGUUAAUUAUACAUGAAAAUUGCUGAUUAUUGUGAAGGAUAGGAUUAUCGAAAUCGCUAUCGAUAUAAUUAUACAUAUUUAUAUAUACUUAUAAAUAAACUGUAAAUAUUAGUUUGUAAAUUAGCGUUAAAGUAUAGAAUUGGUUUAUUUAACGUCAUACAAAAGAAAAUCCCAUAAAUUAUUAUUGCAUCGGGAGUUUAAUUUACACUUCCGUUAAAAAUCUCAAUGGUUUUUCAAUUGUACCAGUGGAGUUUUAUUUAUUUAUUUAUACUCCUAUUAGUGAACACAAUUUCAGGAAUAGCAGUUAUUUCGUUUAAAUGCAUUUAAAAUAUGUGAUAUUAUUGUAUUGUGAAAUACAUUUUGUCUGACUUCAAAGUAGUGUCUCUUAUCAGGUAUCUAGAUGUAACAGUUACACAAUAAUGGGCGGAUUUGUAUUUAUCAGAAAUCAUGGUGUUCUCGGUUUAAGUAUUUGUGAGCAAUGAAGUAAUCUGAAAUUAUUUGUUUAGCGACCUUAUUAUUACGACAUGUACUAGCAAACUCUUAUGUGCCAUUAAAUCAUUAAUGAAAAGGCAUUGAGUCAGACAAAAUUGAAUUUAGGAUCUGUAACAACAGAUACAUUUGACGGUUUGUGUUCUUAAAAUCUCAGGAAUGACUCAGAAUUAUUAUAGUUUAUUCAAAAUCAUUCUGUAUACUAAAAGUAAAUGAAAGCUUGGUGCGAUUCAGAAAAUACCAUUAAAACUUUUGAUUUUUAUACCAA